UAGCAGCCAAAACCAUCACCUCACCACCGGCUCUAGGACUAGAUUAGACUGCAUGGCGGAGCAGAAUAUUUCCUGUCGUUAGAUUUCCGUUUCCUUGUCCACGUAGGACCGUUAAAUAGGUGUGCUGGCAGUGGUUAUGACCGUACUAGCCGUAGAUAGAUAGACCUAUUCCCGUUGGCGUAACCACUCUCGUGUUUCAUCCGUUUAGCAUCAUCACCCGUACAACCCUUCUUGGCGUAAGGCGCAUUCUUCUCCUCCACGUGACACCCUAAAGCUCUCACCCGACCAUCCCUGUCGUUCCCCAGCCUCGCAUCCGUUGGAAAAAGCAGGCAGUUGUCCUUAGAACCAUGGCUCGUUUCCUCCUCGCAAUCCUCUGGUGCCUCGCCCUCGCCACGUCCUCCCUCGCGCGCACCUACGACCGUUCGCACUUGCACCGCAUGCUCACCCGCCGUGGCCUGCGCCGCGGCAUGCGUGACCAGGCCCAUGGCUCGCGGCGCCGCCUCUUCUCCUCCGCGUUCGGCGACGAGGCGUCCGCCACCGACCCCAACGGCGACUACAUGGGCUUCGAAGACUUCGUCACCGGGCAGCCCGCUCCCAGCCCCAAGCAGCUCAAGGCCCUGAUGGAGAUUAAAGCCGCCUGGAAGGACGACUUUUACGGGGCUUCUAUGUGGAAGGAGGGCAGUACGGACACGUCAGCGUGGCAGGGCCUGGAAAUCGACGACAACGGGAACGUGGUCAGCAUGGUGUUGAUCAGCGGCGGCGUCGAGGGACCGCUGCCCACGGCGCUCGCAGCGUUGACGGCGCUUACGUCGAUCGACCUCCGUCAGAAUAAGCUGACCGGCGAGAUCCCUCGCGGUGUGUUCUCCAGGAUGCCGUACCUGAAGGAGUUUUAUCUGGCCGAUAACCAGCUCUCUGGAUUCGUUCCGUGGAGAGAUUUUCUCGGGCGGGCGGAUUCCCCGCUGCAGAUGUUCGAAAUAGACGGGAAUUCCUUCACCGGUGCCUUUCCCAACCCCCUGUUCCAAAACGCCCCGAAUCUCCAAACCUUCACGGCCAGCGGCAACAAGUUCGCCGGGCAUAUGCCGACUGGCUUGGCGGGUUGCCCGCUUGUUUCGGUCAUCGAUUUGUCGAACAACCAGCUGACCGGCGGAAUUCCGUACGCGUUUGGCGGAAUGGACGGAUUGGAAGUGUUUGACGUCAGCAACAACCUGCUGACCGGAUACCUGCCAGCGUCUUUCGGACUCUCCUCCGCGCUCGUCAAUCUCGAUGUCAGCAACAACAAGCUCAGCGGUUACCUCCCCGCUUCGCUAGCCAAUCUCGGCCAAUCGCUGCGGGCCCUCAAACUGGCGAACAACUACUUCACUGGCUCUUUGCCCAAGUUCCCCAACCUCGGUAGGGGUUGCGGGCCCAAGAAAUCAGACGCGGUUACAUGUUACAGGUUCACUACUAUCAUCGAUUUGAGCAACAACUACUUCUUCGGCAAGGAUGAGAUGACCAUUCAGGCAGCCAAGUGGACAAGCACUCCGAUAACUGACGUAAUCUGCCCAGGGACAAACUACCCGGAACAGAUUCUGGUCCAAGGGAACUGCUUGGUGUCCAGUGCGAAUUGCACUGCCAAGGCACAGAGGUCUGCUGGACAAUGUACUGCAUUCUGCGGGACGGGAGCGGCUACAUGGCAAUGCGGGGGGCAUGGUAUGUGUGUUUUGGACAGGGCAAGCGGUGAGGUGGGGUGCAGGUGCAAGGAGGGAUUUGUGGCCUCGCCUGAUGGUAUGACUUGCACCAAGCCAGCUGUGGUUUGAGUUAUGUUACUAUGGCCUGCAGCAGUUACGGAAGAGGUGGGAUGUAGGAUAUGGUGUCUUACCAGCUGGUUUGCAUGCAAUCGUGGAGAGUUGAGGGGUUGCGUUGAAUGCUUUUGUGCAUGUGGGUGUAUCGCUGCUUGUGGGCUGCUGAUCUCUUUAAUGGUGGUUAACAAUAUUCGUCAUGCUAAGUUAAUCAUGUAUAAUUGCUAUGUGCCAUCUUUCAUUUGAAUGAGUAAAAUGGUCCUGAGAUA